AUGGCUAUGGCACCUCGGGCCCUGGCACUUCUGCUGCCCCUGGUGCUCAUCCUGCUGAGCCCGGCACCAACUCCCACCCUGGGUGGAUGCCCAUCGGCUUGCCGGUGCUCUUUUGCCAUGCUGCAGUGCCUGGAACCCAAUGGCAUAACCAGCAUCCCGCCGCUUGCUUUGCAAGAGAGCGAGAACGUGACAGAGAUUUACAUAGAAAACCAAGCCAGCCUGGAGAACAUAACAGAAGUCGACCUUAUCUUCUACAGAGAGCUGAAAAACCUCACGGUCACAUUUUGCAAGCUGAGGUUCAUCUCUGCCUACGCCUUCCAAAACAACCUCAAGCUUCAGUAUGUAAACUUGGCAUCAAACUCUCUGGAGCACAUCAGCUGGAAGGUGUUUCAUUUUCUGCCUCUGCUUAACCUCGUUUUGAGAGACAACCCUCUCAUUUGCUCAUGUGAGCUCUACUGGCUGAAGCAGUGGCAAGAACGCGGUGACCUGGAUAACCAAAUGUUGUCUUGCUUGUCCGAUGGCGAGAAAAUGUCCCUUUUCAAUUUGAUGAUAGAAAACUGCAGCCUGCCUGAGGUGAAGAUUACCGCCUCACAGGAUAAGAUUCUGGAAGGAGGCAACCUUACAUUCGUAUGUGAGGUGGAAGGAAGUCCCACUCUCACCGUGAGAUGGCAGACCGAGGCCCUCCACUCUCACUUUUUUACCAAGCUGCAGGAGAGCAGAGACUCUGCGCUGGAGCUGGUCCUUUACCUCACCAACGUUUCCUCCAAGGACAACCUACACAACCUGACUUGCGAGGCCGAGAACCAAGCUGGGCCAGGGGAGAGGAUGGUGCAAUUGGACAUUGAGUUUCCAGUCAGAAUAAUCUUCCUGAAUAAUGCUGUGCCGCAGCACCACUGGUGUUUUCCGUUUGCCGUGGACGGCAAUCCCGAACCGAACAUCACCUGGCUUUACAACGGCAAGAAAUUAAACGAGACCAGAUACAUAUACACGCAGCCCAUCGUAGAUUCAGGCGAUGGAUCGGAGAAGCACGGAUGUCUCUUCCUUGACAAGCCAACCCACGUCAACAAUGGCAACUACACUCUGAUUGUGGAGAACAAACUGGGAAGAGAUGAGGCCACCGCACUUGGGUUUUUCAUGCACAACCCCUUUGACAAUUUUGAGGGGGUAAUUCCAUACGUCGUGGGUCAAAGUCCUACAAACAAAUCAGACAUGGACGUCACAGAAAACCCGGAGAGUCGGAUGUAUUUGGUGUAUGUGGCCGUGGGUCUCGGUGUGUUUGCUUGCAAACUUCUGCUCAUCAUGGUUUUGGUUGUCUACAAAUGUGGCCAUCAUUCCAAGUUUGGAAUUCACAGAUCAUCAGUUCUGGGGAAGGAGGAUGACCUGGCCGUGUCACUGCGCUUCAUGAACUUUGGUACCAGCCCGCCUUCCUCCGAUGAAGACUCUGGCUUGUCUAGCUUCGUAGAGAAUCCACAGUACUUCUGCAGCAUAAUCAAAGACAAAGACAUGUGUGUCCAGCAUAUUAAAAGGCAGGAUAUUGUUUUGAAGUGGGAGCUGGGGGAAGGAGCGUUUGGCAAAGUCUACCUGGCAGAGUGUGCAAACCUCAGCCCCGACAACGACAAGAUGCUCGUAGCCAUCAAGACUCUGAAGGACGCAAAUGAGUCCACCCGGCAGGACUUCCAGCGGGAGGCGGAGCUGCUGACGGUGCUCCAACACCAGCACAUUGUGCGGUUCUACGGCGUCUGUACCGACGGAGAGCCGCUGGCCAUGGUGUUUGAAUACAUGAGGCACGGAGACCUGAACCGCUUUCUUCGAGCUCACGGCCCUGACGCUCACAUCCUGGACGAGUCCAAGAUGCCCCCGCUGGGUGAACUCACUCUCCCUCAGAUGCUGCACAUCGCUGCUCAGAUUGCCUCAGGCAUGGUCUACCUCGCAUCGCUGCACUUCGUUCACCGUGACCUGGCAACUCGCAACUGUCUGGUUGGAGAGGGUCUGGUGGUCAAAAUCGGAGACUUCGGCAUGUCCAGAGACAUCUACAGCACAGAUUACUAUCGGGUGGGUGGACGUACAAUGCUCCCAAUCCGCUGGAUGCCCCCUGAGAGCAUCAUGUACAGGAAGUUCACGACGGAGAGCGACAUCUGGAGCUUUGGCGUGGUCCUCUGGGAGAUCUUCACCUAUGGGAAACAGCCAUGGUAUCAGCUGUCCAAUAGCGAGGCCAUUGAAUGCAUCACACAGGGACGGGAACUGGAGAGGCCACGCACCUGCCCGAAGGAGGUCUACUUGCUGAUGCAGGGCUGCUGGCAGAGAGAGCCCCAGCAGAGGAUGGUCAUGAAGGACAUCCACAGCCGUCUGCUGGCCCUGGUCAAGAACCCCCCGGUUUACCUGGAUAUCCUGGGCUAGAGGGGCCGAGGGCCAACCAGGCUGGGGAG